AAAACUCAGUCACUGUGAAGAGUGUCUCUGCUUUGGAUGAAUUAAAAAUGUCGAGUAAUUACAGACUGCUGGUGAAAAACGCCAAACAGGUGGUUCUGAUCUGCAACAAUGGAGAGAAAUAUCUGACCAAACAUGGGAUGCAGAAUCUGAGCGUGAUUGAAAAUGGGAGUGUGGUGAUAGGAAGCGAUGGUCUGAUUAAAGCUGUUGGUCCUGCAGAAGUCAUCAGAUCUCAGUAUUCAGAGGCAUCCUUUGAUAAAGUGAUUGAUGCUACCGGAAUGUGUGUCCUACCUGGUCUGGUUGACGCUCACACACAUCCAGUCUGGGCAGGAGACAGGGUGCAUGAAUUUGCAAUGAAGCUUGCUGGUGCCACCUACAUGGACGUGCACCGUGCAGGUGGAGGGAUCCACUUCACAGUGGAGCACACUCGAACAGCGGGGUCCUUGGAGCUGCUGGCAUCUCUCAGCAGCAGGCUGGUCAGGAUGCAGAGAGCAGGGACGACCCUGGUGGAGUGUAAGAGCGGCUAUGGCCUGGAGCUGCAGACUGAGCUGAAGAUGCUGGAGGUGAUCGAGGAGGCCCGACGCUCCCUGCCCAUCAACAUCUCUUCCACGUACUGUGGAGCCCAUGCUGUGCCAAAAGGGAAGACCGUAGCAGAGGCUACAGAGGACAUCCUGCAGGUUCAGCUGCCUCGGCUGAAGGAGAAGAUGUCUGCAGGGACGCUCAGAGUUGACAACAUUGAUGUGUUUUGUGAGCAGGGAGUGUUUGACCUCAGCUCCACACGCUCCAUCCUGCAGGCUGGGAAAGACAUGGGACUGAAUAUCAACUUUCAUGGAGAUGAGUUGCAUCCAAUGAACUCUGCUCAGCUUGGUGCAGAGCUCGGAGCGCUGGCCAUCAGUCACCUGGAGGAGGUCACAGAUGAAGGGAUUGCUGCCAUGGCAACGUCAAAAACGGCUGCAGUGCUUUUGCCAACUACAGCCUACAUCCUCAGGCUGCCUCAGCCUCGGGCCAGAGACAUGCUGGAUGCUGGGGUGAUCGUUGCCCUCGGCAGUGACUUCAACCCGAACGCUUACUGCUGCUCCAUGCCAAUCGUGAUGCAUCUGGCUUGUGUCAACAUGAGGAUGUCCAUGCCUGAAGCUCUGGCUGCAGCCACCAUCAACGCAGCCUACGCCCUCGGGUGCUCCAACACUCACGGCUCCCUGGAGGUCAACAAACACGGGGAUCUGCUGAUCCUCAACACCACACGGUGGGAGCAUCUGAUCUACCAGCUGGGAGGACAUCAAGAGCUGAUUCGCUACGUCGUCAUUAAAGGCAGCAUUGUGUGUGAUAAUGACAAAACUCUGGGUUUAUAACUACAAAUGCACCCUCUGCUGAAUGACUCUGAUAACGGAAGGUAAUAUAUUAAACUAAGCCAGCUGUAGUCUGUUUUCUGCUGUAAUUGUUAGGCCAGUUUAUCGUUAGGACUAGGGUCCCAAAGAUACCAGGUUUCUAAACUUUAUAGAUAAUUUUUGUAUGUUCAAGAAUUUUCCCAGAAAUUUUUGGUAACAUUUUUGAGUUUUUUAGGGAACUUGUUUGGAUAUUUUAGGAAUAUGCUAGGAAACAUUUAGGAAAAUUCCAGAGAAUUUAAUAACAAAUUUUCCAAACCUCUUUUCAAAUUUACUUAAACUCUAGUGGACAUUCAAAAGCAUCCUUCUUGUUGCAGAAUCACCUACGAUCUACGCACUACUGGCAGAUCUUUCUGUGUGUUCUCAGAGUACUGCCAUGUUAACGAUUAACUUCACGCCUCCUCCUUAACUCUGAUUCUGUAAUGAAGAAAUUCUUUCUUAAUGAGAUUAAUGUAAUCAGUUAUUCAGUGGUAUUCAGCAGCAGAAAAGGUCAAAUAUUUCAUGCUUUAAGUGAUCAAAUGCUUCAUUGACUGACUUGAUU